AUGGAUUUCGGCCAGGCGGUUGUCUUUGAUGGAGACCGAGAUGAGGUGGAGUGGGAGUCUGACAUCGAUCUGCGCAGCGUCAACCAAGCGGCAGCUGCUGGUCACACAGAUAAACUGAUCCAGGCCAUUCAAGUGGACCCCAGUAUACUGGAGCAACAGGAUGUGGAUGGUCUCACCCCUCUUGGACACUCCAUUUUAGGGAGACAACUUGGAGCUGUAAAGAAACUGGUGAAGAUGGGGUCAAAUGUAAAUGCGCAGGACAAGUUAGGGAGAACUGCUGUGGCUAUUGCAGCGUACCAGGGCUGGUAUGAAGGGGUGGUAUAUCUGUUGAGACAUGGUGCCAAGUUUAGCUUGUGUGACAAAUCUGGACGAUCCCCACUACAUGCCUCCUGCUAUGACCCUGACUACAGGACAUUGUGUGCUCUGCUGCAUAACCUGUCUAAAGGAGAGAUCAAUCAAAAGGACCAUGAGGGUAUGACUGCAUUGCACUGGGCGGCCUUCCACGAUCGUCCAAACCAUGUGCGAAUUUUGCUAGAGAGAGGGGCAGAUAUCUUCCGGGAAGACAUAGAUGGGAAAACAGCUUUACAUUGGGCUGCUCAGAAUGGAAAUUUGCAGUGUUGCGAGUUGUUGUACAAAUGGAAAGAUGGGACAUCAUUGCUGAAUCAUGGAGAUCAUGCAGGGAAAACACCAGUCCAUUUUGCAGCUGCAGCUGGGAAUUUGUCUGUAAUUCAAUCAUUUGCUACAGUGGAAGAUUGUGACUUAGAGGCAGAAGAUCCUGAUGAUCGCACUCCUCUACACUGGGCUGUAGCCACUGGCCAGGUACAUUGUGUGGCUCUCCUGCUGGACUUUGGAGUCACACCCAACCCCGUGGACACAGAAGCUUGCACGCCAUUGGAUUACGCAAGGCAAUCCAAUCAGAAGGAAUGUAUUAAGUUGCUGGAAGACAAGCUGGGAAUUGAGUAUUGUGUUAGCAGUAGUGAUCAACAGCAGCUUUCUCCACCAACCUCACCUAUCUCACCAAGUCAUUCCACCACCAAAAACCCACUCACUUUCUUCAAGGGUUUGUUUGGAUUAAGUAGCAAGAAAAGACUUGGCUACUCUAGCAGUUUGUCUUCAGUCCCCAGUUCAGAUGUGCCGUCCAGUGAUACAACAAUGAUGAAGCAAGCCAUGACUUCGCAGAACAUUCACUUAGAAGGUCCCACUGAGGAUGAAGUGGAGAGGGCUUACAGUGAACCAAGGGAAGUAACUGUGAAGGAAAACCUGCUUGAUAGGUGUUUAGACAGCAAGAUCUCUGAAACAUCUGACAUGAGACAGAGACCCAGCAAUGAAUCAAAUGAGGAUUCUCUUGUUGAUCUAAGACCGUCCCAUUUCCAGGCAACUUUGCCCAACACAGAGUCUAACAUGAUGAAUAGCCGUGUGGGGCAGCUGGAGAGCCCCAGCAGAUUUGUACAAAAUGGACAUAUGGACUCUCCUAGGUUGUCUCAUGUAAAGGCUUGCGGACAGAAAGGUGAUAAGCCUGCACAUAUUAGCUGUUCCCAGUCCUUGGGUGAACCUGCCCCUCAGUGGUUGAUAGGCCCUGGAGUUGACUCCUCUCAUAGUCCAACGCCACGACCACUGACCGACCCCAAGGAACUUGGUCCACUUAAAGGCCCAAAACCACGAUCAGGCCAAUUCAAGUAUAACAUCCCACCACUGAAAGGUACAACAAUGCAUGAAAAGGUGUUAGCUUUAAGGAUGGACAAGACUGGUCCCUCCAGAUCUCCCACCCCUCCCAGCUGGGUGGAUAGGUCCUUUGAUCCACUGAGUCUAAGACAGAGCCAUGAGAGGAGUCCUUUAGUCACUGGAAUGAUACCCAAAAAUCUGCAUCAGCAUCAACCUCUCACCCCCAGAGGCCACCUGAAGAAAGGCCCUGGGAUACUCAGGAGCAACAACCUAUCAGAACAAAGACUUCAUUCCCCGGCACCAUCAGUUUGUCAUUCCCCUGCACCAUCAGUUAGUCAUUCCCCUGCACCAUCAGGCAGUCAAGACAGAACAGAAGAAUUUGUUCAGCUCUCGCCAGAUUUGGGAUCACAGGUACCUGUCCAAAGCCUUACAAGCCAGAGUCCUAGACCCCGAGCUCACAAUAUAAAGCCUACCGCGGGGACAUUUUCUGUGGCCGAAAGGAAGCAGCUGGAUAAACAGUUACAUAACUUACUCUUAUGACC